AUGGCUUUGUUACUGGAGCUUGCAGCAAAUAAAUAUACAAAGAUGAACUUCAUGAACAAUGGGACCUGUAAUGCGAUUGUACUUUCAUGGAUUAUGAAUACAGUAAGUGAAAAUUUACUCAGUGGAAUUGUCUAUGCUACUAGUGCUUAUGCAGUCUGUGAGGAUCUUAAGGAACGAUUUGAUAAGGUGAAUCGUAUGUGUAAUUACCAAUUAUAUCGCGAGAUUAACAUGCUUUCUCAAGGUACUGAUUCUGGUUCAGUUUAUUUUACAAAGAUGAAAAGCUUAUGGAGUGAGUAUGAUGUUUUAGUCCCAAAUACUAGUUGUGGUUGCCCUAAAUCUAAGGACUAUGUAGAUCAUCUUUAUGAAUUGAGAUUGCUCCAAUUUUUUAGUGGAUUGAAUGAGUUAUAUGACCAGGAUUGCAAGCAAAUCCUGUUAAAGAGAGACAUUUCUACUAUUAACGAAGCAUAUGCCAUGAUUAUAGAGGAUAAAAUUCAACAUUCAUCUUAUAUGAUUACUGUGCAUGAGAAACUAGAACCACUAGCUAUGCAAGUGCAUCGAAAUAACAAUUUGGAUAAGGGAACUCGAAUUAUAGAGGAAGGAGAUAUGAAUAUUGUCCCCUCACAGUUAUUCUCAAAGCUGGGUUAUGGAUUUAGGAGCCACACAUCAUGUGAUACAACAAGGCAUAUGCCUAAGGAUGGCAAAGGUUCAUGUCAGUAUCACCAUGACAAGUCGCAUUUACCCAAUGGAGCUACAGUAGGUAUAUCACAAACUGUAGAAGACUAUAUUUCUGGAGAUGAGCUGAUUAAAGAUGUUUCAUUUGUGCUAGAAUUCAAGCUUAACCUGCUCUCUGUAGCUAAAGUAACCAAGGAAUUGUCUUGCUUUAUUUAUUUUUAUCCCAAUUUUUGUGUGUUUCGGGACCUCUUGAGUGGCAAGGUAAAGGAAAUUGGUAGACAAGAAGGUGGACUUAAUAUCUUCAAGAAUAACUGGAAGAAAAAACUUAACAACGCAGUGAACAUGCAUGAUAAGAUUACUGCAGAAGUUGUUGCUCACAGCAGCACUCUCUGGCACUAG